AUGGCCGACACGGGCCCGGUAGCCUCCGACAUUGGCACAGCAGCGACGGUCGACCAGCCGCCCGUCCCGGACCCUCCUUCCUCCUCGUCUGCGUUCCCGCCUCCACCGUCGUCGUCGUCGUCGUCGUCGUCGUCCUCCUCCAUCUCGGCCCCGACUUCGGAGCGGGCAGUGCAGCAGGAUGACGGGUCCCCGACGUCCCUCCCGGCCUCCACCGCCGUCGAGGCCGCCCCGACGGACUCCCUCACGCUGCUGCAGCUGCGCCGCAUGAUGACCGAGCUCCACGGCACCGAGCCGCUGGCCUACGACUUCAUGUAUACCGACACGGCGCCCCACGCCGAGGAGAUUGACGAGUGGUUCACCUACCAGUUCUGGCAGUGGGUGCGCCUCAACUCGGCCCAGCGGGCGUUUGAGCGGGACUGGGAGGACGAGUCCGGCGCUGAUUCCGCCGCCGCCGCCGCCGCCGGGGAGCCUGCCGCGACGAGAACGAGAACGAGAACCUGGGAGGCGGCCGGCGAUGAGGUGCGCGCGCGCUUCGUCAGGACCGCCGUGUCGGGCGUCCGGUCCGACGACGCGGCGACGAGGUCGACGUCCAUCGGGAAGCUGCUCUACCUCGUCCUCGGACGCUGGGGCGACACCGCCAUGCCGAACACCCCCGUCGACGACUGCCGCUCCGUCGCCAGCGUGCCGCAGCUCGAGGCCAUCAGGGACGGCGUCAGGUGGCUGGCUGACAUGGACGGCUUGCCUGUCGUGUGGGAAGCCCUGAGGAACAACUUCGAGAUGCAAUGGGCUGGUGUCGAUGCGCAGGAUGCGACCCCCCAAGAGACGAAUGCUGAGCUCAUGAAUCUCAUGACCAUCAUGUACAUGUCCGUCCAGCAGGCCUAUACCGCCGCCGGCGAGGUCUCCUCCAGGCCCCAGUAUGUGGCAGAUGUCAACGAGAAGCUCCUGGACCUGAACCCGUCGCUCGUCGACUUCAUGAUGACGGCGACGGCCAAGCUGCGCUGGGACGAGCAGGGCGCCAUGCCCCAGACUCAGAUCUUCCUGCUCUUCUGGAAAUCGAUACUGCUCGUCUUCGGAACGCUAGAGGACCAGAGGACCAUCAAGAUGCUGACGGGCGAGAGGGACUUCCUCGACGACCCCAACACGGGCAAGAUCACCGCCUCGCCCAUCGACUACCACGUCUUCCGCCAGGAAAUCACGUCCAAGUAUCCGGCCUACGUACCUCCUCGGCCGGCCAUCCCCCUCGAGGACGAGAACACGUCCAUACUGCCACCCCUGCCCAACCAGACGACCACCAGGAGCAGCAUCUCCAGCGGCGUGCUCCCCGGCCCGCCCAACGCCCAGGCCGGCGGCGCCUCCAUCCUGAACCAGCCCGUGCACAUCGCCACGCCGGCGCCCUCCCCACCCCCGUCCCCCGGCGUGGGCGGCAAGGGAGGCAAGAAGCAGAACUACCAGACCAACCAGAACUUCCCCUUCAUGUACCCCCCCCUCGACGCUACCAGCAACAGCGCCGGGGGCAAGGGCAUGGCGGGCAUCCACGAGGCCCUCAUCGGUCGCAGGUGGGAGGGCAGCGACAUCCCCGCCUCCAUCCUCGAGGCCGGCGAGCUGUUCUCCAGCCGCGUCAAGAUGAGCCGUGCCACGCGCCAGCUCUGGGAGGAGCGCGAGAAGUUUCUCCGCUACGAGCGCGGUUGGGACGGCAACGACGACGGUGGAGAAGGGGGCCGGAACGGCAACGGUGCCGGGAACGGCGGCAGCGACGACGGAGAUGACGACAUUGACAGCCUCGACCUCGACGAGCUCACCCUCGAGGAGAAGGAGGCCCUCAGGGAGUUCAAGGCAGAGUUCAAGGGGGCCAAGACCGAGCCGCGCCCGCCACCCCCGGCAGACGCCGGUCCAGACUUCGGUCCCAGACCCGAACGCCUCUCGGACCACCAGAAGCGGAGACUGGUUGCCGUCGAGGACUUCUAUCGCCAAGCUCUGCCCCAUCUCCAAUCUCUCGUCAUCGUCCUCCUCCGGCCGAUCCUGGCCAACGUCACCUCCAUCGUCGCACAGCAGUCCGCGGCGGCCCAGGCGGCCCAGCAGGGUGGGCAGGGACAAGGUGUUGGUGGAAGCGGCGGACCUUUGUCGGGGAGGGGCGUGAUGGGAGGAGGGGGAAUACCUAUGAGACAGUCGGCGGCGCAGGAUAGCCAGGGACAGAGCCCGCAGUCCGAGUCGCAGGAGCCGUCUAUCGAGGAGAUUGAUGCGGCUAGGACGAGAGAGAUUACCAGCAAGGCUAUGACAGGGAUUCUGUUGCUCCUGCUGAAAUGGUUGAAGGUUUCUCACGUCCUCAAAUUCGAAUACCUAUCUCAGCUCCUGCUCGACUCCAACUACCUCCCACUCGUCCUCAAACUGUUUGCCCACCAGGACAUCCAACAGGUUAUCGACAGCAAGACGGACCGCUCAGAACACAGCUUCUUCCACUUUUGCAACCUCGGGUCCAAGCUGAAGGAUCCCACGCGGGGAGAACCCAAGACCCAAUCAAGAGAAGCACGAGAGGGAGGAGGCGGAGAAGUAGAGGACGACGAUGAGGAUGCGAAACGACCAGGAGAAGAAGAGGAGGAGGAGGAAGAAGAGAGCGAAGACGAAGCAGCGCCCCCACCGAUCAGAAAGCAGCGCGUGGUGGUCCCUCCGGUGCCUGAACCCGGCACGUCGUCACUCCGGUUCGACGGAGCGGUCAGCGGAGGACAAGGCAUGCUCCGACCAGAGGUAGACGAGCUGGGGUACCCGACGACGUCUCCGCCCGAGGAGCCCAUCACGGACUUUUCGCGGCGCAACUUCUUCUCGCUAAUCAACUACCUCCGCAUCAUGCAGAAGAUGUGCAAGAAGAAGGCGCACCGCAACCUCCUGAUGGUGCAGUACAAGUCGUCGACCAUCAUCCGCAAGUCCCUCAAGAUGCCACAGCCCGAGCUGAGGCUGUACACGCUCAAGCUCUUCAAGAAUCAGGUGCCCUACUGCGGGCGCAAGUGGCGUCAGGGGAACAUGCGCGUCAUCACGGCCGUCUACCUGCACUGCCGGCCCGAGCUGCGCGAGGAGUGGCUCGCCGGCUCGGACAUUGACGCCGAAGUGGACUCCGCCCUGCCGCUCGAGCAGGCCCUGCGCUCGCUGACGCACUGGUUCAACCUCAGGAGGUACCCGGCCGGCAUCGCGCCCGGUAUCAGGGUCGCCAUGAGGGACGAGCAGGACUUCUUCACAAGGGAGCUGGAUAAGCUGGACGUGAACUGGGCCGAGAUGGCGGCGCAGGACAUGGACGAUGGGUAUUAA